CUGGGCGACCCUUCUCCACCUCCCCGCGCGCGGCUUCCAAGGCGCCACGGACAACGCUGCUACCGCCGCCUCCAGCAAAGCGCCACUUCUUCUGUCUCUGCUGCUAUUUCAAAGGGCAGCAGCAGCAGCAUCGGCAGCAUCAAGCAGCAGACAGUUAUACGAGCAGCAGCAACAACAACGAAUAAUUCCGUUCGCUACGUGUUUGAGCAGAGCGUGUUGCUGGCGAGUUAGCCAGCCGGCUGCGUUAUUGUUGAGAGAUUAGUGUUGUCAAGUGCAGGCAAGAGUUCCGAAGCUAAAUGCGUAUUGCGAGUGCCGUGCGUGCGAGGGGUACAGCGAUUGGUGCCGUGGUUAUUGCACUGCGCUCCGAACCCGACGAUCUGAGUUCCGAUUCCAGGCCGCGAAUAGCGUCAGCGUCGAGCGAUUUCUGAACAAGUCCUGGGCGUCUCUUAGAUAGACUCGGCCUUAAAUGAGUACUCAGUGCUGAAUGUAUAAACGUUAGCACCGGGGAGACAAAGGCGGCCAGGUGUGGUUCUGGCUACGCCUCACACCUCGUGCGCCGUGCCCACCUUCAAGGGUGCUCGCUAACAGCACUUGCCGCAACAGCCGAGUAAAGACUACAGGGGGUAGGGUGUCUUUGUCUGUCUGUGUUUGGUGUGUUGAUCACGAAGGCAUUUAGCGCUGAGCGAUAGGUACUCGUGUUGCGUCGAGGUGGGAAUCGGUGACUUCUUCAAGACAAUCGGGUUCAUUUUCCCGAAUCUGGUACGAACUACAGCAGCUGCAGCAGGAUCAACAUCACUCAUCUACACCCAUUACCUUGCCAGACUGCUCCUCCCCACGUCGAAGCUGUCCACGCAGCCAGCGCGUAAUCAUUCAUAUCGCUUGCCAUCGCCCUUCGGACAACACAACUUGGCAACGUGACACGCUUGUUUAAACACACCACCGUCUCACGUUUAAGUUAACAUCCUGCAUCGAUUACACACACACGCGCGCGCACGCAAAAACAAUCAUUGGUGUUGGACGUAUACUGCAUAAUUACAGAGUAGUAGACUUGUUUUUGGCAUUGUUAAUGUCGGCGAUGAUAACCGCUCGCGUGUGCGCGCUUAAACAUGCGUGGCGACACUCGCGUGUCCGCUGCACUUAAUCACACGCGUCCAUCUCGGCACGGUCGUAUUUUUCAAAAAGCCACCUACCUACCCGCGUGUUGAGAGACGCAUUUCAAGUUUGGAAUCGCAUGCCCGGUGAUAGAUUUUGCUUGGAUAAUUUUCGUUAUUCCGCGAUAGUGAGCGACUGAAGUCAAUUCUCUUGGUGUUCGGCGAGAGAUGUAAACAUUUGGCACGCAUAUUCAGUAGUCGAAUCCACGCGUAUAACUAUCUUUUUUUCAAAUUCCCCAAAAAAAUCUCAUUUGGGCACCGUCCAAAAAAAAUUCCGGCCGAGAGGAUUGAUGAUUGGUUUCACUUCGUAGGGGGUGGGGCGGAGUGCUAUGAUCUGUCAAGUUCUAACCGCAUUACAAACUUCUAAGCGCUUUACAGCACAAAUCCCACAUCAACCUCGUCAUCCCCUUGCCCGUUGAGUGUGACGCUUCAGCCGAUUGACAGAAAGCGGUCGCUGGUUGUAGUCGGACCAGCAGUGGAGAGACCAUGGAGCACCUCGUGGUGUCCACCGCUCUGGGUUUGGCAUCUCAACCGAACGCCACGUGGGACCCCGCCAGCUCGGCGAACGCGUCGAGCUGGUCACACGACUCGUCCUCGACGUCGUCGCCUCUCGUCAACGCGAGCGCCGGCGGGGCCACCAAUCGCUUCGCGCAGCGCCCUUGGCAGGUCGCGCUGUGGUCCGUGGCCUACGGUGGCAUCGUGGCCGUGGCCUUUUUCGGCAACAUGGUGGUCAUCUGGAUCGUGGUGGCCCAUCGCCGCAUGCGCACCGUCACCAACUACUUCUUGGUGAACCUGGCUGUGGCCGACUCGGCCAUGGCCGCGCUCAACACGAGCAUCAACUUCGUGUACGCGGUGCACAACGACUGGUAUUUUGGUGGCGCCUACUGCCGCUUCCAGAACUUCAUCCCCGUGGCUGCGGUGUUCGCCAGCAUCUACUCCAUGACGGCCAUAGCGGUGGACAGGUACAUGGCGAUCCGGCACCCGCUCAAGCCACGCAUGACGGCGCAGAGCACCCGCUUGGUGAUGGCCGGCAUCUGGGCUCUUGCCAUGUGCCUCUCCCUACCGCUGUCCAUCUACUCGCGCGUCGAGCAGAGGUUCGGCCGCUUCGUCUGCCUCGUGGACUGGCCCGGAAAGAUGGGCGGAGACAGCCAGUUCAUAUACCAGCUGGUGGUGAUGACCCUGGUGUACGUAUUCCCUCUGCUGGUGAUGGCCGUCACCUACACGAUAGUGGGAGUCACGCUCUGGGGGGGGACCAUCCCCGGAGAUAGCUCGGAGCACUUUCGGGAGCAGCUGCGAUCCAAGCGCAAGGUGGUGAAGAUGAUGAUCGUGGUGGUGGUGACGUUCGCCGUGUGCUGGAUGCCCUACCACGUCUACUUCCUGCUGGGCCGCACGCUCAAUCGAAUCUAUCACAGGAAGUACAUCCAGCAGGUGUACCUGGCCAUCUUCUGGCUGGCCAUGAGCUCCACGAUGUACAACCCCAUCAUCUACUGUUGCCUCAACAGCAGGUUUCGCACAGGCUUCAAACGCGCCUUCCGCUGGUGCCCGCUCGUGCGUGUGUCCAGCGACGAGGCCCUCGAGCUUUACUCCACCAAGUCGCGACGCACGCGGCACAGCGUCAUGAUGUACUCGCUGACGCGCAUCGACACGAGCGUGCUCACCUCGCUCGACUCCCAGCAGUUGCAGCAGCAGCAGCAGCAACAGCAGCAACAGCAGCCGAAGCAGCAGCAGCAGCAGGAGCAGCAGCAGCAGCAGCAGACGCACGAGGCUCAGCGCGAAGAGCGGCCGUCGGGGACACGCCCGACCCUCCCAGGACCUGGGACUAACGGCCACCCCAACUUGUUCGCGUGAUCGAUCAGGCCGAUCUUCGUUCCGUCGGUUCGUGGUGGCGCUCGUAGUUUGACAUCAGCGGAAUCACCAACGGCCGACCAGGCAGACGUACUUACAUAGAGACAGACGUACUUACAUACAGACAGACAGAACGCACGCACGCGUACCCACACGCACAACAACAAAAAAAGACCAGUGCCAAGCCUGUUCUCACUUGAUUGGCGUGAACAAACCCAGCUACAAGUGUGGCUAAAAUAAAGUGUUCCCGACACAGGGCCGGUUAGAAAGUUGACAAGGCAGAGGAUGAUCACUCGCGGCGAUGAAUGAGGGUGGCAAUGCGUAUUGAACGAGCACUGGCAGGAGUUGUGCGGUGUUCUAAUGUCGUCGCCACGUGGUCCCGGUUUGGCUUAACCACUGAAUGUGGAACGGAGCAGCGUUGGGAAAGCCUUCUGGCCCUGUGACCCCAUUAAUCAUCGAUGCUAACGCUGUAAAGUAGCACAGCAAAACGACGACGGAGUGAAGGCUCGUUGCUCCGAUGUGUGUGUAAUUUUUUGUCAGGUUUUGGGCAAUUGCAUUCAACGUUACAGACACAUUGUGGCCAUCGCCGCAAUAUCAUGCGUUACACAUAACGUCUCGUGUAACAUAAGACACAAUAUGUUGAGUGUUGCCGCUGUACGAGGAUGAAUAUAGUUCCAUUUGACAGCUUUUAGAUUCUUUUGUUUUUACAGAGCGUAUAAAAUUAUAGAUGGUUCGAUGAUAACGUUGCUUUUAGAUACGAGUGUGGUGUAAUCUUGGGUAAUACAAAGACAUGUUACGUGCCAAAAGCUUACAAGAAUUGUGCAUCUGUGAAAUUAUUACAAGUAAAAUGGCUGUUCUUUAACAAACGUU